AGAAAAGAAAAGAAUCAAACAGAGGCCCAGAGAGUUGGAUUCCUCUCCCUAAGGUCACAUAGCCUGUCAAAAGGAUUUGAGCCUCAGGCCUGACUGAUGCAGUCAGUGAUGACUUCAUUUGCCUUGAUGAGCCAAUGAUUCUAGGACCAAAAGUCCAGAUUCUAAGACAUGAAGCUUGAAAACAAUAGCAGGCAUUUAUUGAGCACUUACUUUAUGCCUGGCAACUUUAGUGCCUCAGCUCAGCCGAUGCUCAAAAGAGUUCCGUUGAGAUCAGCACAGGUAUGUUUUCCAGAGUAGUGAAUCUGGACUCCCAGAGAAGGGGCUGGUUGCGGGGAGGCUUUGAAUCCAGGUUGAUUCUCAAACCGUUGGGCCUUAUGGAGUCUCUUGUCCCCACCCCCACCCGCACUCCCGGAGUGUGUCAGCGAACAUCCCAAAAUUCUCAGCAGAGUCCCCGAUUCCAAAUCAGAGAUGAGAAAUCCUGGGCUCUGGGAGAUUUCCUAAGGCCACAAAGGAUUUGGUCAAACGCAUAAAGGGAUUUUUUCCAGCUUUAGCUAUGAUUUAAUUCAAAGUCUCUGCCCCCUCCGGGUCAGUGAGGGGUAAGGCAAGUGGGGGAGGCAGGACACCCCCUCCCUCGCCGGCCCCAGGGGGUCCCACUCCAUCCCUCUGCGCCCUCCACCCCAUGACGUCCGCCUUGGCAGGUCCUCCACUCCGCAUCCCAGCGCGCCCCAGCAGCCUGGAGUCCGGGGAUGCAGAGCUGGGAUGCUGAAGCGCUGGGGGCGAGGGGCGGGGAGCCGGGGGCGGGCGGAGGGAGGAACAAUGGCCCCCUCCCCUCCUGGGGCCGGCUGGAGGGUGGGGUCUCCCCGCCCCGCCUCCCUGCUCCUCCCCCGACAAGACGAUGAGGUAAUCGCGCCGCCGAGAGGCACGCGCAGCCGGUGCCCAGCCCGGUCGGUCCCGCGCCCCUGCCCCGCCGGCCGCCGCCCCCCGCACCGUCCCGGCCCCGGCCGACCGGCCCCACCAUGACCGAGCGGUGCAGCCUGUGGAGCGCCCUGUCGGCCGCCGCCUGCUGCUUCUACCGCGGCUCCUUCGUGCAGGUGCAGUUCUCCAAGGAGAAGUACAUCCUGGACUCCUCGCCUGAGAAAUUGCACAAGGAGCUGGAGGAAGAGCUCAAACUCAGCAGCACGGAUCUCCGCAGCCAUGCCUGGUACCAUGGCCGCAUCCCCCGGGAGGUCUCAGAGACCCUGGUGCAGCGCAACGGUGACUUCCUCAUCCGGGACUCGCUUACCAGCCUGGGCGACUACGUGCUCACGUGCCGCUGGCGCAACCAGGCCUUGCACUUCAAGAUCAACAAGGUGGUGGUGAAGGCGGGCGAGAGCUACACCCACAUCCAGUACCUGUUUGAGCAGGAGAGCUUUGACCACGUGCCCGCCCUUGUGAGGUACCAUGUGGGCAGCCGCAAGGCUGUGUCCGAGCAGAGCGGCGCCAUCAUUUACUGCCCGGUCAACCGCACCUUCCCGCUGCGCUACCUGGAGGCCUGCUACGGCCUGGGCCAGGGCGGUGGCAAGGCUGCCAGCCCCGCCAGCCCCUCGGGCCCCAAGGGCAGUCACAUGAAGCGGCGCAGCGUCACCAUGACCGACGGGCUCACUGCCGACAAGGUCACCCGCAGUGACGGCUGCCCCAACAGCACAUCACUGCCCCACCCUCGGGAAUCCAUCCGCAACUGUGCACUCAGCAUGGACCAGAUCCCAGACCUGCACUCGCCCAUGUCCCCCAUCUCCGAGAGCCCCAGCUCCCCCGCCUACAGUACUGUGACCCGUGUCCAGGCCGCCCCUGCUGCCCCCUCAGCCACAGCUCUGCCUGCCUCCCCUGUCACCCGCCGCUCCAGCGAACCCCAGCUGUGUCCCGGAAGUGCCCCAAAGCCCCUUGGCGAGUCGGACAAGGUCCCUUACUCCAGCCCCUCCCACACUCUCUGCAAGGCCUCCCCGUCACCGUCGCUCAGCAGCUACAGCGACCCGGACUCUGGCCAUUACUGCCAGCUGCAGCCUCCUGUCCGUGGCAGCCGAGAAUGGGCAGCAGCUGAGGCCUCCAGCCGCCAGGCCAUGAGCUAUGGGGAGAGGCUAAAGGAACUGUCAGAAAAUGGGGCCCCUGAGGGGGACUGGGGCAAGACCUUCACAGUCCCUGUCGUGGAAGUCACCUCUUCCUUCAACCCGGCUACCUUCCAGUCACUACUGAUUCCCAAGGAUAACCGGCCACUGGAGGUGGGCCUCCUGCGUAAGGUCAAGGAGCUGCUGGCAGAGGUUGAUGCCCGGACGCUGGCCCGGCACGUCACCAAAGUUGACUGCCUGGUUGCUAGGAUACUGGGCGUUACCAAGGAGAUGCAGACCCUAAUGGGAGUCCGCUGGGGCAUGGAGCUGCUCACUCUCCCCCACGGCCGGCAGCUACGACUAGACUUGCUGGAAAGGUUCCACACCAUGUCCAUCAUGCUGGCGGUGGACAUCCUGGGCUGCACCGGCUCAGCUGAGGAGCGGGCCGCGCUUCUGCACAAGACCAUUCAGCUGGCGGCGGAGCUUCGGGGCACCAUGGGCAACAUGUUCAGCUUCGCAGCCGUCAUGGGUGCCCUAGAUAUGGCCCAGAUUGCCCGGCUCGAGCAGACAUGGGUGACCCUGCGGCAGCGACACACAGAGGGCGCCAUCCUCUAUGAGAAGAAGCUCAAGCCGUUUCUCAAGAGCCUCAAUGAGGGCAAAGAAGGCCCCCCGCUGAGCAACACCACGUUUCCCCACGUGCUGCCGCUCAUCACUCUGCUGGAGUGCGACGCGGCCCCAGCCGAGGGCCCCGAGCCCUGGGGCAGCACGGAGCACGGCGUGGAGGUGGUGCUGGCCCACCUGGAGGCCGCCCGCACAGUGGCACACCACGGCAGCCUGUAUCAGACCAACGCCGAGGUCAAGCUGCAGGGGUUCCAGGACCGGCCGGAGCUCCUCGAGGUGUUCAGCACGGAGUUCCAGAUGCGCCUCCUCUGGGGCAGCCAGGGUGCCAGCAGCAGCCAGGCCCGGCGCUACGAGAAGUUUGACAAGGUCCUCACUGCCCUGUCGCACAAGCUGGAACCUGCUGUCCGCUCCAGCGAGCUGUGACACCCCCGCCACGGACCCUUCCCCUCUGCAGCUGCGGGCAGCAAUGGGGCCAGAAGGGCACAGACCUCUCCCCAGAGCACCCCAGGGACACUGUGAUCAGCCUGAGAAUGUUCUGGGUUCAACCCCAGGAUCUCCCUCGUACCGCCAGGGUCUUACGUGGACUCUGGGCUCCAUCCCACCUGCUACUCAUUCACCAAGCUUCCCUUCGGGAAGAACUGGAAUGCCUGGUUCUUCCUCCAGCUUUGGCUUCUCCACUUCCCGCUGAGGUGCCCUGUGUUUGAGCUGCGGGAGGCUUCUCACGCCUCCUCCUGCUUCUCCAGGCAUCUGUCCCCCACGGACACCCAGGCCUCCCUCUGGCUGUAAAUACAUCUGUCUGUUAUGUAAAUAGAUGUACAGAAACCACGUUCUUUCUUUCAUAUAAUAAACUUUUAUGACUUUC